CUGGAGAAAACCAUGUAGAUCUACGUGUAAGUAGCCUGUGCUGAUAUCCCGGUAUCUGCAAGGUGACUGCAGCGUCUUUACUGCAAAGUGCAAUCAAUGACCUACAUGGUGAGGGGAGAACCUUGCAGUUUCUUUCCUCUGUAAAUCAUGGUAAAUAUCUGACCGCUGCCUUCCGGCACUGUGUUCGAGCAAUCGGAAGCUAGCCUAAAGCAACCAUCGAGGUCCAUAUUUAUCUACAUUGUAGUUUGUACUUGCGCUAGACCCAGUUGGAAUAUUACCUCAUUUCUCAUCUACUGAAAUUUCCCAAAUCACUGGCAUUUUUAUAUUGUCCGGGUUGGAAAGUGCAGUGAAGUAAUCAUGUCUACAAGUGAUUUUGUGGAAACCAGCUACUGCUUGGUAUUCAGCAAUGACAAACUGCGAGCGAACAUCGAUACGCUACUGGACAGGAAAGGCUGGAGAAAAGAAUGGGAAGAGUACCAAGGCAAGCUCUAUCUCACCGUCACUGCACCAUUCGAUCUGCUGGCUGAAGAGGCAGAGCGUGUGAAACUAGAGAAGAAACUCAAUACACAAGCAAACUCGAUGGCACGUUUUCACUUCAGUAAGUUUACUCAUUACCGUGGCUACAAGAAUAAGAUGACUUUCUUCUCACCCGCUGAACAAGCCCGUCUAAUAUGGAGUGCCCUGGAGGACACACCGUACAGCAAGAAUGACUUUGGACGAGGUGUGCUGCCGAAGUUCAAUGAUCAAUUUCCAUUCUGCACGGCUAUGAAGUCUGCACCUGCGUUUGGCCUGGAGGACAGCUACCCGCUGCACUCGCCGUGGGGAAAGCGGAGAUUCAACAGCAACGUUUCGUUCCGACUGGUGAAUCUCGACCAUGCCGUGCGUGAUUACUUCGGAGAGGAGGUAGCUUUCUACUUUGUCUGGAUGCUGUUCUUCGCCAAGUGGUUACUGAUCCCGGGCGUGUUGGGCCUUGCUCUGUAUCUGUUCCGACCCGAAGGUGUUACUGUUGACAACAGUCCUUACAUUCCUCUCUACUCACUCUGCGUACCCAUCUGGGGAGUGUUUUUUGUCAAGUUCUGGAAAAGGCACAUGAAUGCAGUGGCAUUUGAGUGGAAUGCGCACGACUUUGAAGAAGAGGAAGAAUUGCGUCCUGAGUUCUGGGGUGAAAAAAGAAUCAGCCCAGUGACUGGCAAGAUAGAGGUAUUUUUUCCCGAGUGGAAGCGCUACACACGCUAUUUUGUCAGUUUCCUAGUGAUGUUGCCUAUGCUGGGUAUUGCCCUGGGUGCUAUGUGUCUAUCACUCAAUCUCAACAACUAUAUUCGUGAUGAGGAGAGCCCGUUGUAUAUUGGCACGUUAGCAGUGUUUGCACAACCGGGUGGUAUAUUUGCUGGAGACAGUCCAUACUAUGGAUACCUUGUUCCAACUAUAGCCCACUCAGUCGUCAUAUCAAUUCUCAACACCGUCUACCGCUCCAUAGCGUUCAGGUCAACAAAUUUCGAAAACCACAGGACGGUAGAGGAAUGGGAGAAGUCGUUCAUUGUCAAGAGAGUAAUCUUCGAGGCGUUUGACUGUUACCUGGCGCUCUUCUAUAUUGCCUUCUAUCGCUUCGAUGUGGUAGCACUCCGCAAUGAACUUGUUGGUUUGUUUUGGGGUGAUGAGCUUCGGCGAGUCGGUGUGGAGGUCAUCAUGCCAUUGCUAACUAUGAUGUUCCAGCGUAAGCGUACAACUCGCAAGAUGAGGGCAGAGAAGAAAGCAUCCAAUGAGAAGCCUAUCGAACUCUCACAAGCUGUACUGGAUGCUCCACUUGAAGAAUACGACUCUUUUGAUGACUACUUGGAGAUGGUUAUACAGUUUGGGUACAUAACACUAUUUGCAUCAGCAUUUCCGCUCUGCUCCAUAAUCAGCGUUGGAUUUGUUCUGGUUGAGACAAUGACCGACUCUCUCAAGUUGCUUUAUCUUUACAGGCGCCCACGCUCCCGCAGGGCUGGUGGCAUUGGUGUGUGGUAUUCAGUGAUGUACUUCAUGGUCAUCGCAUCCAUCCUGACUAACUGCUUCAUCCUGGGAUUCUCAUCUGAGCAGCUCAUGCAGUGGAUGCCAAACAUGUUCAAACACGAGGGUGGUGAUCAACAGUUCAAGCUGGGUUAUGGAAGGUAUGUGGUGGGUAUGGUGUUCACGUUGGAGCACAUCCUCAUCUUGUUAGCCCUGGUCAUAGAGCACUUCAUUCCGUCGUGUCCCAGGUCGGUUACCACCGAGAUGGCGCGGCGCAAGCACCUGGCAAAGCAGUGGCUGGCAGAACACGAAGCUGACGCCAGCCAACAGAAGACAGUACAGAAGACGGAACAUGUCGAAUAACUUCAAUUUUUUUUACACUAGCGACAUCCUUUUUAAGAAAAGGGCUUAGUUUCCUGGUUGGGUUUGCAGUGGCUACAUCAUCCUUGGCAAUGCGAAUGUACUCGAAGUAUUAAAAUAGUAUCUCCAUGAAAGCAGUUUAGUUCCAUGAAAACACACACAUACUUAACCUCCACGAAACAUGCUAAUCAGAGAUCACAGACAGUCGUGUCAAAUAGACUCGUCGUGCUGUUCUUGUUGUGUUUUUUAAUCUUUGGUCAGAAUUCCAUUCUCCUCUGCUUCUAUUUUUCUUCUAUUUUCCUGCACCUGCUGUCCCAGUGUGCGUCCGAGCGUUAUUUUCACUUCUACUGGUUUUUUUUAAUGCUUUCCUCAUUCACCCUUUCUGAAUUCCGCUUCGACUUCCGCUGUACCCAUCGAUCCAGCUGCUUUUCAAUUGCCGUUACUCAUUUUGUUUUAAUUUUCUGUUGUGUUUGCUGAGCUGUACACUCUUGGUUAUCCUAUACCGGUGUCAUACACGGACCCAAAGCACAACAUGGGUGCUAGAAUAGUAGUACAGUCGUCCAGCACACCACCACCCUCAAGAAACCAGCAUAUAUAUUAUCUCAAUUA